CCCCAUGCCCAGUCCUCCCGCCCUCAAGUCUCACCACACUCUGAGAGUGGCUGUAUUUGCGACUAGCGAUGACGACCUGAUCCCUAAUCUCGAAUUUGUGAAAAAAAGAAUAUAUAAACAAAUAUAUAUAUAUUAAUAGUUUGGAAUAGCCGCGUAUCGCCAUUGUUUAGCUCUCCAAAGAAGACAGUGCGUUAGCUACAAAGCUAACCUUACUCAGCGCUGGGGAAAGUUUGCGCGAGGACCACCUUCUGGGCGCGCGCCUGUCUAUGCGUUUUUCUAUCGUUUUUUUCUUUAAACCAAAUUAGAUACGGAAAGUUCGGGAAUGUCUCUGUCGGUACCGCAGAACGGACAGGGCGAUAACGAGCCCGUUAUCGAGCUUUUUGUGAAGGCGGGCAGUGAUGGAGAGAGCAUAGGGAACUGUCCCUUCUCUCAGCGACUCUUCAUGAUCCUCUGGCUGAAAGGAGUUGUGUUUAACGUCACCACUGUCGACCUGAAAAGGAAGCCAGCAGAUCUUCAGAACCUUGCUCCGGGAACACACCCUCCUUUCAUCACAUACAACGGUGAAGUCAAGACUGACGUUAACAAGAUAGAGGAGUUCCUGGAAGAUGUGCUCAGUCCACCCAAGUACAAUAAGCUUAGUGCCAGGCACCCUGAGUCCAACACAGCAGGGAUGGACAUCUUUGCCAAGUUUUCGGCCUACAUCAAGAACUCCAAACCAGACGGCAACGAAGCUCUGGAGCGAGGUCUGCUGAAGACGUUGCAGAAGCUGGACGAGUACCUGCGCUCUCCGCUGCCCGAUGAGAUCGACCACAACAGCAUGGACGAUGUCAAAGUGUCCACACGCAAAUUCCUGGAUGGAGACGACAUGACGCUAGCCGACUGCAACUUGCUGCCCAAACUGCACAUCGUCAAGGUGGUGGUGAAAAAGUACCGCGGCUUUGAGAUCCCUAAAGACCUGACGGGCGUGUGGAACUACCUGAGCAACGCGUAUGCCCGCGAUGAGUUUACCAACACCUGCCCCAGCGACAAGGAGAUCGAGAUCGCUUAUGCUGACGUGGCCAAGAGGCUCGUCAAAUAAGCACUUCCUUGGGAAAAAAAAAAUCCCCUGUUUCUUAAUUUUUUUAAAAAAAGCUUCCCCAACACUGGGACUUCUUUGGAGAAAAAAAACAACUACAGACUUUUUUUUUUCCCCCUUAGUUUAGAAAUAUUAACCCAGUGCAUGACGUAUAAAUACAUACAAUAUAUUUUCUUCUUUAUUCACUUCUUAAAGAUUCUACAUUUAUAGGUUAAAUCUGUUAAAUUGCUUUUUUCCUUUUUUUGUAUCACACAAGAAGUGCAAGUGUUAACAAGUUAACAAGUGUGUAAUGGUACAACUCAAUAUAGCGUACACACGUACAAACAACUCUUUUUGUAGCAGCAAAGGGGUGUGUAUCCACUAGCCUUUUAUGAUUUAGGCAGAAAAAGAAUAACUGCUUUUCUACGCUUGCACGGCGAGCAUUUCUGAUGCUUUCUAAGAAAAAAUGCAUCUAAACAGUGUUGGAAGCUCCAGUGUUUGUUGGUUUGUUUGUUUUUUGCUUUACUGAGCACCGACUGCUUCACCAGACUCCGACAUGAAGGUAGACCUUUGUAAAAUAAAACCAGUUUUUUUUUUUGUCUCUUUUCCAACAGAUAUUAUAUCAUUAACCUUUUCAUUUAAGCUCUGCCCACUUGUCUGAUUUUUGUUUAAAUAGCAUGUGAAGCCGAUCAACCAAUCAGUUAAUUUCAGGUGCGUUUGAUGAUACUGUAAUCAUCACAGACAUAAGAAAAGGAGGAGGGAACAUAAAUAUUGUUUGUAAAAUAUUAUUUGUUAAAUUAAUACGAAUAUGAUUGUGUGGACGGGUGCCAAAACUUUUGCAGAUGACUCAAAGGUGAUGAAGACCUGCCUAUUUUCAGGUGAUUUUUUUUUUCCUCUUUUCUGCAGUGAUUAAUGUACACAUCCAAUUUAGAAAAUGUUUUUUUUUUAAACCAUUUUGUUAAAUUUUCUUUGUUUGUUUCUCUAUUAGAAUGUAGCAGAACGAAGGCCUUACUCAGGUGCAUGGGUUUUAAUAUGACGCCUCCUCCAGCCUUAAUCAUUUUCACAGCAGUGUGUGUGAGAGUGUAAGCUGUGUUAAAUGAUCAUAAAGAGGAAAAAUGCUGCAAUUCAUUAGCAUCUGAGCAAAAACAAACAAACGAUUGCAUAAUCGUGUAAUUAAAUCACGAUGUAGAAGGACAACAUUACAGCUUUACUCUUUUUCUAAUAUUGGAUGGAUUGAUUAAUGGAUUGUCUUUUUUUUUUAGUAAUAUGAAAUAAAAAGGUACAAAAGUG